AGUGACAGCAGCAGCCAGAAAACCCUGGAAGGUCCCCACACGGGCUGUGCGCUGCUCCCUUCCCUAGUCCUCCCCUCUGCCCGCCCUCGGCCCCCAUCAGUGCCUCUGCCCUCCCUGCUGCACACUGGCCACCGGUCCCUGAGGACAGCAGACAGAUGCCCAGUGGGAUGGGGACUGAAGACAGUGGUGAGGUGACCCCUGGGGCCCCCCAGCCCACCCGCAUCGACGUGCACUUCCACCAGGAGUCGGCUUUAGCCAAGCUCAUCCUGAAGGGGUGCCCCCUGCUGCGGCCCCCUGUCCCCGGCACCACCUUCCAGGCCCGGGGCAGCAGCCGGCUGCUGGUGGCCUCCUGGGUCGUACAGACGGUGCUGGGAGUGCUGAGCGGGGUCCUGGGAGGCUGCCUCUACUUCUUCUACUCCUGCUCUCUGCGGGAGUCGGGCGCUGCCCUCUGGACAGGGACCGCGGCUGUGCUGGCAGGAGCUGUUGCCUUCAUUUAUGAGAAACGGGGUGGCAUCUACUGGGCCCUGCUGAGGACCCUGCUGGCCCUGGCAGCCUUCUCCACAGCCUUCGCCGCCAUCAUCAUUGGGAGUACUUAUUUCUUUGAGUAUAAGUUUUUAUUUACAAACUAUAUCUGUCAGAGCUCCUCCCUGAGUAGCUGGCCCACCCUGCCCCCCAGCACGCCAAGUCCGGAAGUCAGAAAUCUGCAUCUGUGCCUCACCUACUUGCACAUGCUGAAGGCCCUGUUCAUUAGCCUUCAGGCCAUGCUGUUGGGUGUCUGGAUUCUGCUGUUUCUGGCAUCCCUGGUGCCCCUGGGUCUGUUCUGCUGGGGGAGACGCCAACAUAAGAAGGAAAGAGACCAGAAGGAAGCGCAGGGAGGGCAGGAAACCCAGCCCCACCUCUCCUGAGCACUCAUGACGGUGCUCCUUCUGCGCUGGGCUCCCUGAGGGAGAAGCAAGCCGGGGAAGAACCACUCGCCAGCAUCUCGGUCACCACUGCCCCACAUGCAGCCUCGACUGCCGCCCUGCCCCCCCAGCAGUCACGCAGCCUUUACCCCACGUCCUGCUCACCUUCACCAGGCUGCCCCACUGCAGGGACCCCCUGAAGCAGUGCGGACCAUAAGCUCCCCUGUUGCUGCUCUCAGCUUCUUGUUAGUUACUGCAGGGAAUUCCUCUUGGCUGGGGGAGGGAGUGAGCUGACAGCAAGCCUAUGACGUUCCCCCCACUCCCAACCUCCUGUCCAAGUCUAGAGUUGCUGGCCCUGAAAAUAGACUCUCUUGGAGGCUUGUAGUACAAACGUAGGCCCAAAUGCCUCAGUAUGAGGGAUGACAGGAGCUGAGGUUCUGAGCCCCACUCCCUACAAUUCAGAUUGAAGAGGGUGAAUGUUUGGUAAUUUGAGAAUUGGAUUUUUUCUAUUUGGGCUGUUUGGAAAUAUUAAGAAGUAAAUAACACCAAUUAUUUUGGAAAUCAUUUUUUUAAAGAUAAGACACCCAACAAUAUGAUGAAACAGAAACCCGAAAUAAUAGUCUUAUGAAAAAAUACCUCAAACAGCUGGAUAGCAUAUAAAUUGGAUAUUUUUUAAUUCAUGGUUAACCUGAAUAGGUCAUAACAGAAGUAGUGUUCGAGUAGGUAGGUAGCGAGACAGCGAAGGCAAGGGGGACUUCAGUGUGAUGCCUGCAUUAAUUCUACAUGUUCCGUGCAAGCUGUCCCCAGGGCAUGCGGAGGGAGACUACAGAUCACAGACUGGCUCAGACAAGCUGGUUCCAACAUGGAGGAGAAUUGAGCCAAUCACACCCCAAAACCCACAUCCCUCCUAUCAUGAGCAUAAAUCACAUCUCCUCAAACUUUAACACUUCUGUUGGGGACAAAAUAUAGCCCAAAAUCCCUCUGCCUCACGUGAGGGUAGAGUAAGCCUGAACCCCCAGAAGGCCCCACCUGUCCCCUUUGAAACCUAAUCUCAGUGAAUAUUCAUUUCCCUUCACAUAAAAAAGUCUCCCUAUUAUUCCCUAGGCUGGCUCCCCUCUGGGUCUCUCUGCUCCCCAUCUCUCUGGGCAUGUACUCUUGUCUUUUUCUGAACUUUAUUUUCCAAAUAAACACUUAAUGCUCAACACCU